AUGUCGCGUUCAUCCGAGAAUAAUAAUCAUACAUCAACUCGCACACGCGUGUUUCCGUUUCGUUCCAGAACAGCAUCAUCAGAGAGGACAUCACCAUCAGACACAUCAGGAGAACAACAAAGCAAACCCAAGAAGCUUAAUUCAUUGUUCCAUUUCAACAAGAUGGAUGACAACGAUUACAACCAGGCACGACAACCCUAUACACCAGGACUAGAAACGAACCAUCGUCAGUAUCCCAAUGGCCGAACUUUGGAUGUGGAUGAUGAUGACGAUCAUUCGGAUAAUGGGACAGUGCAACCUGGAGAAGGACGAUAUACUUUGCGUGUGAUCAACCCUGAUCCUGUAUCUGAUAGCAGCAGCGACGAGGAGGAAGACCAAGAAGAGGAACAAAGACAAUCACACAACAAAAAAGAGGAUCAGCAAAGACCCCAACACUCAAUGGGACAAUCGACGCAAUCAACAACAACUUCACCGCCACCACCUACAACAACGCAUGCAAGACCUCCAUUACCCUCCCCACCAUCAGCCAAGCUUGAAAUUGCAGCACCCACAUUUGACUCGAACGAUCGUCAACAAAGCACCACGGCAUACGUUACACAAUUCUUGUCUACAGCAUCGUCUCCCACCACAUCAUCAUUAUCAUUGGCAAGUAGCAGUGCUCAGCAUACGCAGGUGACAGCAACGGCAACAGCAGCAGCAUCCAUUAGUAGUCGACGUAGUAGUAACCAUGGCAUCAAUAAUAUUACAACACCAGCAACGACGACGCAUGGCUCUAGCAACGUUACUGCUACUGCUACCACGACUGCAGCACCAAGUUUGAAUCGACGGCAAUCGAAAACCUUGCAUGAAAAGCCCGGGUCUGUGGAACUGUUACCUCCUCUUGACUUGGAUCCUUUGGAUUGGAGCACAUUCACCUCCAAUAUCAAAGCUAGCAAGCGAUUAUCCAACAUUCCCCGAGUCGUGCUUGGUCCUGUAUCAUCAUCCACCAUCACCAACAACAACAAUGAGGAAGAGGCAUCAAAGAGCAUUCAAGAUGAUACUGGUGCAACAUCACGACCUACCAUGUUUAUGGAUCAGGAACAGCUUGUGGAAACCCCCUUAACAUUGACACCACGCACAAGUCAAAGUUCAAUGCAACCACGUUAUGAACCACCUACGCCACGCAUGCAACCUAGCUUAUUAUCUCCUAGUGAUAGUGGGAUCAUUUCACCAUCACUCUAUCAAGGUCAACGAUCCAUUGCCACUACCACCCAUGAAAGUGUCCUUACAUCGACAAUGACACGUACCAUGGCACAAUCAAAAUACAGCAAAGCAUCUUUUAGUUUGACCAACAAUCGUGAUGCGCUCAAGUUAUAUCGUGAGAUGGCUGAAAAGACCAAUGAUCCUCAAGUACAACUCAGCUAUGCCAAAUACUUGCUUGAGAUUGCACCUCUCUAUGAUAAGACAACAGCAUCCACAUCAUUCAAUGGUAUCAAAUCUUCCCAGCAUCAACGACGUGAAUCAUCAUCCAUGAACGAAUUGGUGAAACGGGGUCGAGCCAGCCUUACUUAUCAUGGUAUGAGACGAUCCUCAGACUUAGGUGAUUUGGAUUCUGCAAACAAGAAACGAGCAUUGGAAGAAGAAGGGGUUCGAUGGAUACGUCGAUUGGCAAAGCAAGAAGUGGGCGAAGCAGCGUAUUUAUUAGCCGUAUGGAUGGAGGAAUACAAGUAUGGAUGUCGACCCAACCCAUCCAAAGAACAACGAUUACAUGAAAUUGCAGCACGUUCAGGUAUACCCGAAUCCAUGUAUGCCACUGCACAGCAUUUGGAGCAUCAAGGCAAUCAUGCAGCGGCAUUGCGUUAUUACAAGGAAGCUGCUGAAAAGGGGCUUGUGGCUGCUGUUCAUCGUCUAGCUGAAAUCACCCUCCAUGGUGAAUUGGGGCAACGACAAAACAUGACAACAGGCCUAGCUUUACUUGCACAAGCAGCUGAGAGUGCGAAUGAAACAUGUGCCGAGCCAUUGUAUGUGUUUGCGCAAGUCUUAGCCAAUACGUACCCACGUGCUGAUAUCCCGAGUGAAUUGGUGCAAUCGUAUGGUGGUGUGGAUGCUGCCAUGCCUACCUUUGAACGUGCGGCAGCGCUAGGUCAUGCAGGUGCACAAAGUUACAUGGGCUACAUUUAUGAGCAUGGCUUGUAUGGCGUAUCGAUUGACAUGGCCAAGAGCUUUGAGUAUUACGAUAAAGCAGCCAAGGAGGGUCAUGAUGCAAGUGCCAUGCUGGGAUUGGCAAGACUUUACAAUGGUGGUACGCAUGGCCCAGAUGAUUUCGAUGAACAAUGGCGUUGUGAGCAUGAUGUUUCUCGUUGGCUCGAACUCACAGGUCGUAAUGAGGAUGCAUCAUUUUAUUGGUGUCAAUGUGCUACGGAACAAGAAUUGGUCGAUGCAUUCUAUUUGCUAGGAUGGUAUUAUGAAACAGGAUUUGGAACACCCAAGGAUCAUGUCCGUGCACAAUUGUACUACCAACGAGCUGUCAACAAGGGAUGCAGUGACGCAGCUGCACGACUCAAGCAUCUCGAUAUUGCUACCACCACCUCCACCUCCACCACUACCCAUGAACACAGACGCGAUUCACAACAAUGUACCAUCAUGUAA